AGGUACUUAAACGCAAGCAUUUAUGCAAGCAGAGGCUCUUUAGUUCCGUCUACUCUUUUCUAUAGGUCUCCACCAGGAAAGCAACAUGUCUUUGUCCUUUAAAAGCUACGGCACCAAGACACUCAGUGUGUAUGGGGGUGCCGGGGGCCAAGGAACCCGCAUUUCAUCCUCCAGGCCUGAGUUAUUUUGUGGAUCUUCUUGGCAAUCCAACCCUGCUGAUGGCCUCACUUUUCACAUUUCAGCCAAUGAAAAAGCCAUCAUGCAGAAUCUAAAUGAUCGUCUGGCAUCCUUUAUACAGAAGGUGCAUUCUCUGGAGAGUAGCAAUGCUGAACUGGAGAGGAAGAUUAAUGAGUGGUGUGCAGGCCGUACUGUGGCAUCUCAUGAGUACUCGGGAUUCUUGGCCACCAUUAAAAGCUUACGAGACCAGAUUCAGGACAUCUCUAAGUCCAAUGGUGAGGCUGGCCUAAAUAUUCAAAAUGCCAGGCUAGUUGCUGAUGAUUUCAGAAGCAAGUAUGAGUUAGAGCUAGGCAUCCGUACUUGGGUUGAGACGGACACUGCCAGCAUCAGGAAGGUCAUGGAUGAAUUAACCCUAACCCGCUCAACUCUGGAGAUGGAGUAUGAAAGCCUGAGAGAGGAACACAUCCUUCUUAGGAAGAACCAUGAGGAGGAGAAAGCUCAGAUACAUGCACAGGCUGGAGGCCAGAUGAACGUUUCUGUGGAUGGAGCACCCUCUACAGACCUGAACCAGGCUCUGACAAAGAUUCGAGAAAACUACGAGGCUGUGGUUGCCAAGAAUCAUAGAGAUCAGGAAGUCUGGUACCAAAACAAGAUUUCUACUGUGGAAAAGAAGUUUAUGGAGCAGACUGAGGAUUUGGAGUACAACACUACAGAGCUCAGUCAGUUGAAGAGCUACUUCCAUAAGAUGCAGAUUGAACUGCAGAGCCAACUCAGUAUGAUGUCCCUUGAAGGCAGUCUACAAGACUCUGCAACCCGCUACGCAGCACAACUAGCAGAGCUCCAAAAAAUCAUCACUGACCUGGAACUCAAGCUCAAGCAGAUUCAUGCUAACAUAACCGAGAACAAACAAGACUAUGACACUUUGUUGGAGGUGAAGACCAACCUGGAGGCUGAGAUCAAAGAGUAUAUGUCACUGCUGGAAGUAAACGGCAGUGACCUCCAAGUUGCUCGCAAGAAGAUUGCAGUGGUAAAGUUAGUGGAAAGCAGCCAGACAGUGACUACACAUUAAUGACUGAUUUGCGAACACACCUUAAUAAAGCCAAUUCUUUCAGCUUAACCCAAUAAGGUCUGUCUGCAGAGCACAGAGCAUGGAAGGAAUGCAUAUAUGUAAAUGAGAGUGGCUCUUGGCCGCCAUACAGAUUUUGUUAGCCAGCUAGCUAACAUGGCACAACCUGAAGAUUUCUGAUAGGAUGUAUUCCUACAUAUCAUAUUCAUUAAUGCCAUAAUCAUCACUCCUCUCCUAUCAUGUUAUCCUAACUAACAUGAAAUAAGCUGACAGGAAUUCUGAGAGGACUUUUAAGGCAUAUUCAUAUGUUAACAAACUUCAGUGGUAAUUCUAGUCAGCUAGCUAACACAAGCUAAGCUGACAGAACUUCUGUUUGAGUAAUGGACAUAAAUAUUCAUAAGCUUCACUGCUGGUGCUACCUAGAUGGGAUACAUUUUAAAAUUGUGUCUGAGUCCACAAAGGGCCUAAAGAAAUGCCCAUCUGUACACAUCCACUGAUCUGGAGUUUGCAGACAGACCCAUCUUGAUCCAGCUCAUGUAGUCAGACUUACUGCCCUUUAGCUAAUAUCAAACAAAUGCCAAAUGGGAUCUGCAGUUACACAGUGUAAGACAAAGAUAUAUAAAAUGCAAUAUGUAAGUAUUUAUAAAGUGACAACAAUGUUGGUAUUUUGCCCCUGUGUUCCAAAUAUAUUGUUUUUAUGCCUACAUUGGGUGAACUAUGUAUACAUAGUCCACAAUUUUGAAACCCUUCAGAAUUCAAAGCACUUAUUCUCAAAGCACUCUUCAUUAUAUUAUACUUUAAAUCAACUCCAUUUCUCUCCAUUUCAAUUCCUUUUCUGUCACUAUGGUACAAGUUAGUAUUUGACUCAUUUCUCUAUAAGUAUUUAUCCCAGAAAUGUGCUUUUUUUUUUUUUUUUUUUUUUAGCAAAUUGUAAUCUGACCUUUCUAUUUCUGAGGCUUGUCAGGGGUUUGUAUAUUGGUGGUAAGACCUAUGUAGUUACAUUGUUAUAAAAUUCUCUUCAUGUGACUCUUCAGCACUUUUACAAGUACGUCCUGGAGUUUUCAUCUUCAUUGUUCUUACUUCUUAACCAUCAUAUUCAUUUAAAAACCGGGACACACUCGUCCCUCUUUAACAGCUCAAAGAACACACCUAACACUUUCUUCAUAUAUAUAUGUGUGUGUGUAUAUAAUUUGUUUACACUUAUUUGUUCCUCAUUUUAACCAAAAGAGAUGCAAAUGUACAUCUGCAUAUAUUCAGCUAUCCCUCAUGUUUUCUGUACGAACAUUGUGAUACACAUAAGACUAAUCCUAUGUUCAUUAUGUUAUUUUUAUGAAUGCCAUUUUAAAACUGCAACCCGUUUAUCCACAGAUGUAUAUUAUCAAUAUACUCAAUAGUUGAAAUUAUUAUUAACAAGAAAUUAAUUAAAUAUAAAUCCUAAAGAGCAAUAAAACUAUUGCACCAAAUUAACUUCCUCCACUGGCACUAUUUCUUUGCCAAACUAGCAGUUCAAACUGUUAUGGCCGUUGGUGAGUAAUUAAGCAAUUACUGAAUGGAUAUUGAGAAAUAAUGAGAUUGAUAAUGAGAAACAACUAACAAUAAAGCAUGGUCAUCAACAACCA